CUCAUCGGCAGGUGUCCUUUUCGGGCACCAGGGCGUGAGCCCAGUGCGGGUGCCUCGAGUGCCUGGAGCCUCGAGCGCUGCUUCGCACCGGGUCGAUGAGCGGCGAUGCAAAACCUCUGUUGAGGAGGCGUCAUGCGGCGCAACUCUUCAAGACAGAAAUUUGCAAGUUCUUCCUGGAAGGACGUUGCGAGAGUGGUGAUGCAUGUUCCUAUGCGCAUGAGAAGAACGAGGUUAGAACCAAGCCAGAUCUGACCAGAACAAGUAUGUGUAGGAAGUUACUGACGGAUGGAGCAUGCAACGAUAAGAGGUGUAGGUUCGCGCAUUCGGAGCAUGAGCUACGCGCGACCAACGGAUUUUUCAAGAUGAAGAUGUGUUUCUUUGCACAAUCCGGCAAAUGUAAACACGGCAGCCGAUGUCGUUUUGCCCAUACAAUGGAUGAACUGCGUCCCGCAGGUCCCCGCAAGGACCCGGAGCUUCCAGACGCUAAGAGUGCCCAAGAGGAGGAGCAGAGACAGGACUCGCAAAUUGAUUUGUACUCAUUGUCUUCGCUCCCAGAGAGGCAAAAGAGUUCCCAACAGGAGUCCCAUGGCACUGGUGGCAGUACUGCAACUGGAAACGGUGGCAGUACAAGUGGAAAUGGCGGCAGCACCAGCGGCAACGCCAGUGGUCAAUCCAGUAACGAGAACAGUGGAUCUGGCAACUCGCGUCGGGAGGGAGACUCUCGUCCACAUCGUGGACGUGCAGCCAUGCAAGCAAGGAUGAGGACAACACAGAACAUGGCGGAGGAAUCGAGCUCCUCUUCUGGCAACACCUCCUUGACUCUGGUACCAAGGAGCGAGCAUACUGGCUCAACACCUGCGAGCGACAGUAGCAGCUCAGGUGCCGUUGGAAACGGCGACGAUGCUGUUGAAGCUGAUGGCUCUGCGGCAGGAGCACCAGAACAAAAAAACAAGACACGACGUUCUCAAAGACGCAGGACCUCGUCUUUGGGUGAAAGCGAUGGAGAGUCCAAGAACCAGGGCGAGGUCACAUUGAUCGUCAGCAAUCUGCCUGUGUACCUGACGCGAGGUGCUUUGUUGUCGAUGUUCGAGGAUUUGACUGCGACCAUGCGAGGAAAGUUCGACUUCUUCUACAGCCCAUGGGAUCUCAAGGCUGGACACAGCUUGGGCUAUGCCAUCAUCAACUUUACAGAUUCCAGGCAAGCAGCCAAGUUCGACCAGCAAUGGACUGACAAGAACCUCUUGCGAAAGAAGCAUCCGCCUUUGAAAGUGAGGAAGGCAUCCAUUCAGGGGCUUACAGCGAACAUCGAAUACUUCAGCAAGAAUUUGAGUUGCCCGGAUUCGCGUUUUGUCCCACUUUAUCGCGAUUCCGAAGGCAAUAUGGCACCCUUGGAGUUGGCCGACGGUGACGUUGAGUCCCAAUCCGUCAACUCUUGGAAGGCCGAGGGCCUUUCCGCACAGAAACUUGGACCCCAAGAUCUUGAUACUGGACAAGGAGGUGCUACCUCCAAAAAGAGUGCAGGUGAAACCUGUCGGGCUGUGAUCUCAGGUUCGUCUAGGCCGGAGGAACACAGCCUGCAGGAGUCCGAGACACGCCAUCGACGUCGACGCAAUCGAAGAAGGUCGAGACAGACCUCUAUGGCCGAGGCAGCUGACGCCGCCCCUGUGGGCGAAGCACCUGAAGCGCUUCAGGUAGCCGAGAAGUUGCCAAUGGCGCCGGCGGCCUGGUCCAUGCCAGGCGUUCAGCCUGAUUUGCGCCAACUUGCCUUGCGGCACCAGCACCAGCAGGUGUUGAAGACGAUGGCGGAGAAGGAAGAUCGAAAACACACCAAGAACCAAUCCCAUUCCCAGGAGGCCGCGCGGUCUAGCCAAGAAGCGCCGGACAUGUCGCGUCUGCUUGAAGCGCAACAGCUUCAGAUGUUGGCAAAACAAUUGCAGCAAUUUCACGCAUCCGUGCAGAUGUCGGGGAUGAAUGGAGUUGCCCCAACGGCUUCAAGUGCAAUGACAUGGCAGGCUGACAGCUUUUCACAGGCACCGACACCCAGCACAGCGCCUACCGGGCCUAACCAGUUCAUGGUGUCGCCAGUGCCUGCGGGGGCAGACAGUGCACAGUUGGCCCUUCACAUGUCGAGACAAGCCAAGCAAUUGCCAGUGGCGGACUCUCAGGUCUACAAUGCCAUGAGCUCCGAUCUCCCGGUUGGUGCCGUCACUGGCUCGGCAGGUCCCCCGAUCGCCCCGCUGGUGCCAUACAUGAUGAUGCCUGUUCAGUCAGUUCAGCCUGUACAGUCGCUACAGGCCGCCCUGGCGAAUAACGCGAAUUGUGCGAAUGCGAUGGUCGCAGGGAAUUUUGCAGGGGGCCUGCGCUACCUGAAUGGUGACGAAGUUUACACAGAUUGAGCCAUCGGAGGCGCGCUUGAUUCAUUGGUGGAUCGACAGGUGUGGAAACGAAAGCGUCUUCUCUCACGUUGUUUGAUGCCUGCGGCGCUGCUCCCCCGGUCAAGAGACCUCGCCGACAGGGCCAUCUUCAGCGAUGAGUUUCAGCCUGCUUCGGUGAAGCCUGGUAUGGCACGGAACGAAACGAGCUUAGGCCAGAACUAUC